AGUGCCAUCAUGGGAAGUUUAAGAGUUUUCAUGUAUUCCAUGGUUUUUUAUGCUAUCGUUUCUAUUCAAAUCACUUGCUGCCAAAGCAAAAUCUGCCUGCCGGAAAAGCAAGCAGCCUUAUUCAUAUUUGGUGACUCGCUAUUUGACGUCGGAAACAACAACUACAUCAACACCACCACUUCAGCUCAGGCAAACUUCGAACCGUACGGCAAAACUUUCUUCAAGUAUCCCACCGGCAGGUUUUCCGACGGAAGAGUCAUCCCAGAUUUCAUUGCUGAAUAUGCCAAGUUGCCACUCUUACUACCAUAUCUGCAUCCAGCAUCGUCCCUUGAUGAUUAUAUCUUUGGGGUUAAUUUUGCAUCAGGGGGAUCUGGAGCUCUGAUUGAAACUAGUGAAGGAAUCUUGGUAGACUUAAAUACACAGGUGAAAUAUUACAAGAAUGUGAGAGAUGUUCUGAGGAAGAAACUGGGGAAUAAAGAAGCCAAAACAUUGUUGUCCAGAUCGGUGCACCUUUUCAGUGUUGGAGCCAAUGACUAUGGAGCACGUUUCGUCUCAAAUUCCAGUGAUCUUCUUCGUUACUCUAAACACCAGUUAGUGGAUAUUGUGAUUGGCAACAUCACGGAUGCCAUAAAAGAAAUUCACAACCUAGGAGGAAGGAAAUUUGCGUUUGUGAAUAUGGGUCCUAUAGGUUGCACUCCGACCAUUAGGUUUACAGUAGAAGGAUAUAAAUGUAAUGAAGAAAUGAUAGAAUCUGCAAAGCUACACAAUGUUGAACUUCCGACAAUGCUCCAGAAGCUUCAGAAACAGCUCGCGGGGUUCAAAUACUCAGUCUUCGAUUUCUACAGUUCACUUUCUCAGUUGAUGAAAUACCCUUCCAAAUAUGGUUUCAAAGAAGGGAAAGUGGCAUGCUGUGGAGGUGGAGCAUACCGGGGAGAUGAUAGCUGUGGGGGUAAAAGAGGAAUAAAAAAGUACGAGUUAUGUGAGAAUGUGAAUGACUACGUCUUCUUCGACUCUCCUCAUCCCACCGAGAAGGCUAAUCAGCAUUUCUCAUCCCUGAUGUGGUCUGCAAAUCUCACUUUCAAUAAGCCUUACAAUAUGGAGCAACUCUUCGAAUUUUAAGUUGUUGUACUUUGAUUGAUUAAAUAAUAUUUGCUUCCGAGCAUGUACCUCCCCAUUUCACUUUGUAUGAAAAUAAAUUCAGUGUUUUCUUCCCCUAGCUGCAAUUACUUGUAAGUUGUACAAGUUGUAACACUUAAAUAGUAAGUCAAAGUCAACACUUUGUGGUUGACGGCUCUAAAAAAUCUCAGGUUUCGCGGA